GUUCAAAUAUUUUAUUUUCAUAUAGUUGACGUAGACUUAGUGUGAUUUGUCUAGGAAAGGAGACAAAUUAUUUUAAAGUCGAAUUGAAAAUGUGCCAGUCCUGUGAAGACUUUUCACCACAGUGCUGCGCCACAUUCUAUCCUAUAUGGUGCAUCAUUCUUGGAGCCUUAUUCACUGCGGGCGCAAUUUAUUUGGUAGUUGACUAUACAAAUAAAAUCGACAACCCCUUUACUUUUUCAAGGGCUGAUUGGGACGGUGACGACUGGGAUACCAUCGAAAAAAUACGCGACAGAUAUAAAACUUAUAGAAUUAUUUCUAUUAUUAAAGUCAUAAUUGACUUCACUUAUGUGGUCGCUGGAGUUUUGUUGCUGCUUGGCGAUAAAAUGAAUAAAAAAGGGUUGUUCAAUUUUGGAAAAAUCCUCAGCUAUUUCUUUCCUAUUUUUUCUGUAAUGACCGUUUUUACUAUAAUUGUCCACAUUUGCGCCGUAAUAAAACUGUGCAAGUAUAUAGAGCAACGCUGGGAGAUAGCUAACAAUUAAUCGUAUCCGAUUUCCAUUUCGAUUUAUGUCUAUGCUUGUUAAGGACAUUUUGUCGGAAAAGAAAAGCAGUGCAAUGUGAUCUAAAAUGUGUAAAAUUUUCGAGUCUUAAAAAACUCUGGCCGGCAGAACUAAAAAUUGCUUAAUAAAAUAAAUUUUUGUGACGAAAAUUAAUUAAGCACACUUUUAAAUGGUUCCCAUUUGGCCCACUUCAGCCUGGUAUUUGAAAAUUGGCCUAUCGCAGCGUGCAGAAUAGGAAUUUUUAAAUUGUUUUAAUCUUCUUUUUUUACGCGUAUUUUCAACAAAAUUUAAACUGUUCUAAAAAAAAUGUACAUGUACCUAUGCUAGAGCUAGUUGAGAACAAAGUCUCAGAAGUAUCAAGUCAAAUAUUUUAAUUUUUUUCAAUAUAGUUCACUUAGAAAAAAAGCUCAUGAGUCCAUGAACAUUUUUCAGCCAGUUAAAGUCUGUUUUCCACACUGUGUACACUGUACAUAUAUAGCUACGAAAGACAAAUUAUUUUAAAUCGGUUUGACAAUGUGCCAGUCCUGCGAAAACUAUUCACCAGAGUGCUGCGCCAAAUUCUAUACUAUAUGGUGCAUCGUACUUGGGACUUUAAGCAUUGUGGCGGGAAUUAUAAUGCUGCUAAGGAACCCUGGCGGAUAUUACCAAUUUGCUGUUUGGCAACUUCUUAUAGGCUUAAGUUAUAUAGCCGCGGGGCUUUUAAUGCUGAUUGGGGAAAAAAAGGACAAAAAAAGGUUGUUCAAGUGUGGAAAAAUUCUCAGCUAUGUUUAUGCUAUUUGUACUUGCGGCGCCAUUUUUACAAUAAUUGUCCACAUCUGCGCCGUAAUGAAACUGUGCAAGUAUAUAGAGCAACGCUGGGGAUAGCUAACAAUUAGCCGUUUCUGCUUUCCAUUUUUAUUUAUGCCUGAUCCAUAAAUUCAAAUAAACUACCGACAAAUAAUCCGAUUCCUUAUUGCUGGUU